AUGACUCUGAACAAUGUCACGAUGCGUCACAGCAGCAACACCUUACAAUCACAGCAGCAACGCUGGAGCAUCCCAGCGGACGGGAGAAACCUGGUGGUCCAGAAAGACCCCCACGAGUGCAACCGACACAAAAGGUAUACCGUCAACCCCGAAGAGUAUUACCGAAGAAGCUGGUCGUCGGAGUCUUCUGACUCUGUCAUCUCCUCCGAGUCAGGAAACACCUACUACCGAGUGGUACUCAUCGGGGAGCAAGGAGUUGGCAAGACAACCAUUGCCAACAUCUUUGCAGGCGUGCACGACAGCAUGGACAGUGACUGCGAGGUGCUCGGCGGUAAGUCCUUACGUUCCACGCUGCGGAGGUUUAUUUAAAGCCUCUUGUGUAAGCGGCGAUUAGCUCUGAGAGCUCCUGAUAUUGAGGCCGUGAUUCCCUUGGCACUUAGCCUCCAAGACGAUUUUGGCACGUUGGGUGCCCAGUGAUGUAGGGUGGAGAUUACGGUGGAGAUGGUGGAAGGAGAUUCUCUGUUGUCAGUGCUUUAAAUCUGGCCAAGUGCAGAGUUUUCCCCACGGAAGGGCUGCUUCUGCUUCAGGGCAGCUUCCCAUGGGCCACAAUGGGACUGGUGGGUGGGGCACCAGAGACAAGAAUGGGAGGAGGAACACUUUUAUGCAGUAGUAGGUUGAUUUCUGCACACAGCCCUCUCUGUCCUACCAUCCAGGCAAGAAGCAAGCCACUAUCAGAAUUCAAAGAGACAGGGAAAACACCCAAGGAAGGUGCAAAGCAGGUUUUGAGAGGGGUGGCCUGGAGGGAUGGGGGUGGGCAGGGAGAGUUUGAAGGGCCAGAUAGAGACACUUGAUGGACUUCAUCGGCCCCUGUUCCUGAGGUUCCCCACUGUCUGCAUAAAGGAAGGAGAUAGGGUUUAUUACACUGCACCAGAAAUCAAAUCUUCCACAUAUUUAUUUAUUUUUAAAACAAAAAAUCCUGUCAUUUCCACAAGAUACUCAGGGCAGCUUCUCCCAACAGUGGUGGCUGUGGAGUCCAUUUAUCACUGGGCCUUUGGUUGUGCAAGCGCUCCCUGUUUCGAAUCAAUGUGUGCCUUCUUCUCAAAUAUUCUCAACUGCAAACCAGACUGACUUAAGUGACCAUUGACUUUAACAAAGUUUACAUGCUACAGAUUAGACUGAUAUGCAAAGUAGGAUUGUCACAUACAGAAACACAACAGCUGCAAGCUUAAGAAAUGUUUUCUUAAGGCAGAAGUAAAGUCCCUAUAAGUCAGAGUUGAUCCAACAAGAAAUAAGGAAGAAAGAGGAAAUGAGAAAAUAAACAUAGCUUUACAAGAUUAGUAUUGGUCUUGAUCUAAAUUAACAACCCUGUUGCAAUAUUCCUAACGAUAUGACAACAGAGUUAGAAAAUUAGCAAAAUAAAGAGGUUGCAUGAAGAGAAGUUUGAAGUUCAAGAGACUAACAAUGGAAUCCUAUAACUUUCAUCUCUGAUUCCCAGCUUGCAACAUGGAGCCCACUCAAACAUUUUCAUUUUCUGAGUGGUUUUCAACUAAAUAUUAUUCAGAGUAGACCCACUGAAAUGAAUACACCUGACUUAGUCAUGUUCAUUACUUUCACUGGGCCUGCAAAACUUGACUACAGUACUGCUCUUCAGGGUGGAUUUAAACGUGGCACUGUUUAGGGAAGUUUUUAAUAUUUAAUUCUGUACGGUAUUGUUUUUAACACUUGAUUGGGAGCCGCCCAGAGUGGCUGGGGAAACUCAGGCAGAUGGGUGGGGUAUAAAUAACAACAACAACAACAACAACAACUAACAUUUCAUCUGCACAAGCAUCGCAGCUUGCUACGUGGAACAAUUCCCCGCUCUCCUCCCUCCUGCACAUUGUGCUGGGGGCUCUCUGAAUGCCCCCCCCAGCCAAGAUCGCAGGGGGAGGAGUGGAGGCAAAAAACAGCAGUCCUUGCACAGGGCUUCUGCUGAUGGGGCAGGUGCUAGGUGAGUCCUGCACUUUAUUAUCCCUGGACAGUGCUAAUAACACACAUGAUUAAUCCCAAAAUGUUGAAUUCAAAGAGCAUUUAGUAGUAAUGAUAUUCGUAGUAGCAGGCAUUUGGGAGCAAUGAUAUAGCAUUGCUAGGAACUCAUAGGGAGUUUCUUUUUAUCGUCUCUCUAUUACUCAGCAGCGAUUGGCAGGGUGCCGCUGUGGGCUUUGUUAUGUACUGAAGUUCUCACCCUGGGCCAGCAGGGGAAUACUGUAGAUAGCUUUCACUCAGGUCCACAUAUGCAAAUAAGGGAUUGAAAGUGACGUUCAGUGAUUGGAUAGUUACAGAAAAUGUUACUGUUACUGUUGCGUUGUAGUGGAGCUCUGUAUAAGCAGGCUGGCUGAACCCUUCAGUUCAGUUCUGUUCUGGCCUGUGAAUAAACAAGAGCUGUUUGAAGAAUCACUGUGUCGUCUGAUAUGUUCACCCACAACUUAACAGUAACCUGAAGCGUAUGUAACCCGAGGUACCACUGUAUACAUAAUAAAGAAACAAGAGAACAUUACAAACACAUCGGCUCCAGCAAGCGGACUGUUCCCAUGAAGCAUUGGCAGGGUUUGCUGCUGCUUUCACUGACAAGCUAACAGGAGAUAAAGGCUGGAAAUCCUCUUGUACGAGUCACACCAUGGUGAGAGAGCUUGGUUGCUCUUUGCCAGAGGCUUUCCCCAGCAGGUCUUACUGUGUGAUUAAAAGGAGAGCCUCGGAUAUUAGUUAUUCCUUGAGCUAAUAGGCAUUGGGCUGCUUUUGUUUACUAUGAGGCAGGAGGGGAGACUGAAAGGGGAAGAUGGAGAGAUACACACAUAACACCAGGAAGGUGAUUCUCCAUUUUGUGGUGGUAUUGUGAAGGAUUUACUGGGUGCAUUCUGUUGUCCUCAUAUAUACUAAUUCCAGUCUUCAGUGGGAGAGGGUUCUAGCUCAGUGGUAGAGCAUCUGCCUUCCAUGCAGAAGGUCACAAGUUCAAUCCCCGGCAUGUCCAGUUAGGUCUAGGAGAGACUCUUUCCUGAAGCCCUAGACAGACACUGCCCAUCAGUGUAGGCCAUAUGGAGCAAGAUGGACCCAUAAUAUAAUAAUAAUAUUUUUAAAAUUUAUUUAUACCCUGCCCCAGCCACUCUGGAUGGCUUCCAAUGCAUAUAAAAACACCAGCCGUUAAUAGUAACAAUCUGAUCUAAUAUAAAAAGUCACAAUAACUUAUAUCAAGCAAAGAAACAUUCAACAAUCCAUAAGAAUCUAAUAGGAAACAGCAAAAUUAAACGCCGGCAAAUAAUAAUGAAACAGUUUGCACUUAUCAAUCACAAUAAAAAAAUUACUAAUCUAUAUUCAAUUAAAAAACCCCCAGCAAAUCACAAUGCAUAAAAUACCACCAAACAUUCUAAUCCAUGUAAAAUGAUCAAGCUGAGAAACAAGGCACACAACUGAUGUGGUCUGACUCAGUAUAAGAUAGCUUCCUGUGUUCCUAGACUACUGUUGCUUACAUAACCAAAACUCAAGAGGGUCUCAUCAACAGCUUGAAUGAAGGUGUACAGAAGUGGGGGGUGGGGUGGGAAUUGUGAUUCGACUCCUAGGGGGUGAGGAGAACAUGAAAACAGUCUAAGGCUCAGUGACCAUUGAGUACCAACACUGGUUGCGUACACACCACGCAUUUAAAAUACACAACUUUCCCCAAAGUAUCCUGGGAACUGUAGUUUGUUAAGGGGACUUGGAAUCAGCACCCUUAGCAAACUGCAGUUCCCAUGAUUCUUUGGGUAAGCCAUGGCUGUUUUGAUGCCAUUUUAAAUAUACAGUGCAGAUGGGGCCCCAACUUUCGAAAGGAAAAAAAAAUGAAGAGAAAGGAAUUAAGAUUGCAGAGAUGGGGGCAGGGAAUCAAUUUAUCAUAUUGUCUGGGGAGUUAUAUAGACCAACCCUGGGGCCUCUGAAAUUCUCUGAAUUAUAGGUUGGCUUUAGUACAUAAUCCUUCCCCUAAAGAUAGUCGGACAUGGAUCACAGAUGAAAGAAACGUGCAGGAAAUACAUUGCUGUGUCUGGCGUUUUCGCACAUUCAUCAUAUUUAGCAAGAAGCACUAAUGUAAGGAAGAGUUAUUGCCGAUUGAACAUCCUACAUGGGAACUGCUUGUCUCUUUUUGAAAAAAAAGGCCAGCAUCCUUUUGCUUUUCACACACUUUUGCCCCAGGCGAAAGCUGCUCGCAACAGCAAUGCCUGUUCACCCAUAAACUGAGUGAAAACAAAUAUUUUCCAUUACUAAGCCUAGCUGGAGCCUUUGCGUCUGUCUGAAGCUCCCAUGGGGUCAAACGUUCAGUAUUUGGCUUAUUUCUUCCAGUGGGUCGUCUUCUUCCUGCUGAAUGUAAUCGUUUGUCUUACCAGCUUCAUGAUAUCUACCAAGGAAAUUAUACGUCCAUGUAGCUCAUGGAAACUAUAAGAUCUUUGCCAGAAAUUGUUAUUUUAAUGACAAAUUGUUGGAAGAUUUGCAUCAGAACUGAAAGAACUAUAUACAAACCCCCAACACACAGCUAUUUGCAAGUCUUAGAAGACGCAGUAGAAGGAACAAAGUUAAUAAAAACAUUUUUGGUCAGCAGUACUGCAUUGUUGGUAUAAAUAGAAUCACAGAUUUGGUAAAAACCUUAAAGGUCUAGUCCAAACCCCUGCUGAUGCAGGAAAUCUAUUGCUACGGCACCCCUCAUAGGUUGCUAUCCACACAGAACCUACAAAGCAAUGGAUUUUUAUCUGACCUUAUAUGAAGGCUGAAUUUGGUUCCCAGAUGGAAACAAACAAAUCCUGAUAUAUUUUUCAUCACUGCAAUAGAAUCACAGGAGAUCCAAAAUAAUAACUUGUUGUCAGAGCAAAAUUAUGUUGGCUCAAAAAUAUCUCAGCUGUUGAGUUUCAGAGAAUGCUUUCCAUUAGGUUGUAUGGACAGGUAUGGUUUGUCUGAUGAAGAGUUCUCUGCAACCCCAAAGCCUGCACACUCUUACACCAGUUUAAUUGGUUUUAUUAAUAAUGAAUGAUGCCUUUAUUUUGGGAUCAAUAUGAUAACUGUUGUCAACUAUUAUACAGUUGUAGGGUUGCUGGGAGAUCCUAAAUAGGAAUCUUUUAUAUAACAGCCUAUGACAUUUCCAACAAUUUUCUCUCCAGCUUUCAAGAACAUUUUUUUAAAAAAUGACACUGUGUUGUUUUUCUUCUAGAAGAUACCUAUGAACGAACCUUGUUGGUAGAUGGUGAAAGUGCAACUAUCAUACUAAUUGACAUGUGGGAGAACAAGGUAGGAUGAAAUAUUCAUUUUGCCAUGCUGAAUUUUUCAAACAUUGCUUUGGAAAUUUGACUUUAAGGGAUCUUAAAAAACAAACAAACAUCCAAAUGUUAAGCAUUGCUAAAUUGUAAGGCAAAGAGAUGAAUCAUAUUCAGUAGGUUUGUUCUCUAUCUUUAUUUCAUUUUUAAGCUUAUAAAUUCAACAACUUCUAUGCUUGGGAAUAUAUUAUGAUUACUAUCAUCAUCAUCAUCAUCAUCAUCAUCAUCAUCAAUUCUAUACUGCUUUAAUUCUUCAAGAAAAAAAAAUCUCAAAGCAAUUUACAGCCUACAUGAAAACGUCAAAUAACACAACCCAGAAUAAAACAUUACAGAAGAAAGUCAACUAUAAAGUGUAUAUUCAAAGCAGCAUAAUUAACAGGAAACUAAAACAUUAUCUUAAAGAUUUCAAAAUUAAAAUCUAAUCUAAAACUAAAACAUUCUCUUAAAAGAUUUCAAAAUAAAACAUUACAAAGGAGGUCAAUUACAGAAUGAAUAUUUAAUACAGCAAAAAACAAAACCCAAACCUAUUUGAAACAUUUCAAAAGAAACAUUACUAAAGGAAGUCAAAUAUAAUGCACAAACAAUUAUCAAGAAACUCACAUAUUCUCAUAAGCAUAGAACAUCUCUGCUGCUGUUGCUACCAAUCCUGCCACCCUCCCAGGCCAGGUGGGAAAAGGCCUGCAAGGCAGGGAGCAGGUCUUCCAAGACUCACAGCCAAGAUGUUCUCCAAUAUUGAGAAGCAAUACUUGAAAAAGUUUCAAGGGGCCUUUAUGAUGAUUAGAAGUCUCUGAGAUGAGCUCUUGAAUAACAGCAGCUGGUGGGCUGGAUCAAUCAUAUUUGCCUGGCGCUCCCAUGUGAACCUAGCCUGCCUUAGGGAUCAGCCUCAGAGUCCCAUCAGUCUGUUCCAUCCAUAUAUGAGAUCAGGUGGAUGGUGGAAAAGAGACAGGGCUUUUUUGGUGGUGGUAUAAGGACUAUGGGACGUUCUCUUGGGGAGAUUAGCCAGGCUCCCUCUCUUCUUAUAUUUAACUGACAUUGUUGUUCAAUGGUAGCUUUCAGUAACCUGCAUUUAAUGAUGUGUUCUUUAUCACAUUUUAGUACCGUUGAUAUCUAAAUAAGUCAUACCGAGUGCACACCUAUUGAAUAGGUCCCCCUUGUCCUCUCUUUUAUGGUUGUUUUCUUUAACUGAGCAACAUUUUACUGUUCUUUUAUUAUAUUGCAAUUUUGUGGAGCAUUGCUUUGUUCUUAUUUGUUUUAUUGCAAUGCAGUCAUUUCUGUUUUAAUAGAAAAAUGGUAUACAGUAUAACUGAUAAACAACUCAACUAAAGGUUGAGUUCCACGGGGCCACUGUUCGUGGGCAUUUGAACUAACCACCACUGAAGUGUUACAUACUUCAUCCACUUCUGCAAAUCUGGUCUUUCAAAGAUCUAAUCUUGCACAGGGUGGCAGUUCCACACCAUCAGCUGGCACUUGUGGGGUUUUUUAAGGGGGUGGCACAUUCCUAAAGGUUGCCUGAACUGGCCAUAAAUUUACUUAAAUCUAAGGACUCUCUUAAUGGGUCUGUGAGCUGUAACUUAGAUCUCAAUGAAGACAUAAUGCACUUUUUUUCUGGCAGCCAUGCACUGCUAGAACUUAAUAGGCGUUGUUAACGGUGCACUUAUAGAAAUAGUGGCAGUGGUGGAGGAAAGAUUCAUGACCUAGGUUUUAAUAAUAAUAAUAAUAAUUUAAUUUAUGUCCUGCCCAUCUUGCUGGGUUUCCCCAGCCACUCUGGGCGGCUUACAACAUAUAUACAAACACAACAAAGCAUCAAACAUUAAAAAACAGAAUAUCCUAUAUUAACAACAAACAAACCAAUAAACCAAUAGAAACCAAUAAUAACAAUAACAAUAACAGCAAUAAUAAAGAGUUUACAGUUAUAUCCAAAUUAAAAUAACCGCCAACCGCAACUAAACAUUUAAUCAACAUCAACCUGACAAAAGCAAAACAGAGGAACCAAAAUUAGAACCGUUUAAAACAUUUUGAAGCAUUUUAGCCCUGUUGUAAUCAGGCCUAGUUCCAAGCAAGUUUAUGGACCAAAAUAAAUGGCCUGAUAACAUCCCGGAAUGAAAGUUAAUGGGACAACGUUAUUUUUUAAAAUAUAGCACUUGAUUCAGCAAAGUAGGAACUACAUUUGUACUGAAUUAGUUGGAUCAUUGGUCUACCCAACCAUGAUUGGUAGAUGUAGCCAUCAGCAGCUGAAAAGUUGGUGGUAUGAGCUGUAGAUAAAACAUGCUAAAUUAAUAAAAAAUUAAAAAACAAAAAACUAUGAUGCUUCUCCCCAUAAUCCCCAUAAACAGGGAGCACCAGUUUCUCAGGCCCUGACUGAUGCAGCACUGUUUGGUGACUAUUCUUUCAUUGUGUAGAAAAAGCAGACAUACACAUACACACUGUCGGAACCUGCUUUAUACUGAGUCAUAUGAUAAACCACAUGGUAACCACUGAUUUUUGGGACGCGGGUAGGAAUUGAUUUUUUAAAAAGGCCUUGAUGUUGAGAUUCCAUUUACCGUUAGUUCUUCGCUCUCCAUAGAGUUCAACCGAGCACAUAGGGCUUGCACCUAGUUUUUGGGGAAAUCAAGGAAUUUUUACUUAUUUCCCACAUGCCAUCCCCAAGCUAGAAGAGGGAGAUGGAGCACUCCGUCUCCCUCUUCUGCCUUCAGGGACAGCCUCCCUAGCCUCCGUGGGACAGCGGCUUGCCCCGUUGUCCCCCGAGCUUGUGGGGCUGGCGGUGGGGAGAAGCUUGCUUCUCCCCACUGCCAGCCUCCAAACCAGGUCAGGGAAUAGCGGGAUGGCGGUAGUCAGUUCCCUUCUCUCUCCUUGAUCUCAAAGGGAAGCAAAUUGGUUUUUUUUAACCAGUUCCUAUAAAAAUGCAAAGCAUUUUCACACAUUAUACAUAUUAUUAUAUGUAUAAUAUUAUAUGCACCCCACGUUUCCUAAAGUAACAGCACAUAAACACACCCAACAGUGCAUAUAACAUAUAAAGUACUUAUGUAUUAAUACUUAUAAACUUAUGCUGCAACAAUAUAGUAGCACAGAGGAUUUUACUUUUUUAUACAUAUUCAGUGUAUAAAUAUAUGGAGGGUUUGCAUCUCAUUUUGCAUCUAAUUAGUCAAUUGUAUUUUGACAAAUGCGAGAGCAGCUUAGACAUAAGUGGGCACUUGGUGCUGCAAGAGACACUCUGAUGGUUUGAAAUGGAUCCCUCCUCCAUCUCUCAAAGGAUAUAUUGAAGGUCAAGCGCAGAAUUUAGAUGCAGGCUUCAGCCACAAGUUAACCAAUGACCACAUAAUGCAGCACUCAUUCUGUAACCCUGAGCUACACACCAAAAGUAAUGAAAACAUGUUGUGGCAAUAUUUUGUUUGUUUCCUGUAGAGACCCAGGUCUUCCAGUUAAGAUACCCAGUAUUUGUUGACACGCAAUACAAUUUAUUAUUAUUAUUAUUAUUUAAACAGGGUGAAAAUGGAUGGCUCCAAGAUCACUGCAUGCAAGUUGGGGAUGCAUAUUUGAUUGUCUAUUCCAUCACGGACCGUGCAAGCUUUGAGAGAGCAUCCGAGCUCAGGAUACAGCUCCGCAGGGCACGCCAGACAGAAGACAUUCCCAUUAUUUUAGUGGGCAACAAAAGUGAUCUCGUUAGGUGCCGGGAAGUCUCUGUUUCAGGUAGGAGCUACUAGAUGUCAACUGGUAAUGCUGUUUGCUUUGCUUCUAUGCUUUUGACACUAACCUUGCUCAGUGGGUUUGUAAUCUUAAAUAUGUCUACGCUACAAACAACAACAUGUUCAGCUGUGUCUUUCUCCCGAGAAACCUCGGAAAAUUUCAUUCUGCAUGGGAGAUAGGACAAGGGCAGAGCCACACCAUAUGUUUAGAACACACCCAACGCACACACUUAAAACCCUAUGGAUCCUGGGAACUACAGAGCUAUAAUUUGCAGUACCCUUAAGAAAUGUACUGUGGUGCUGUGGUCUAAACCACAGAGCCUAGGGCUUGCUGAUCAGAAGGUCGGCUGUUCAAAUCCCCGCAACGGGGUGAGCUCCCAUUGUUCGGUCCCUGCUCCUGCCCACCUAGCAGUUCGAAAGCACAUCAAAGUGCAAGUAGAUAAAUAGGUACCGCUCCGGCGGGAAGGUAAACGGCGUUUCCGUGCGCUGCUCUGGUUCGCCAGAAGCAGCUUAGUCAUGCUAGCCACAUGACCCAGAAGCUGUCUGUGGACAAACACCGGCUCCCUCGGCCCAUAGAGCGAGAUGAGCGCUGCAACCCCAGAGUCAUCCAUGACUGGACCUAACGGUCAGGGGUACCUUUACCUUUACCUUUUAAGACAUGAUAGUUCUCAGGAUUCUUUGGGGGAAGUCUCCUGCUUCCAGCAUGUGUUGGAGGUGCUUUAAAUGUAUGGUGUGGAUCUUCUCAAAUGUCAACGGUCUGACAAAACCUAUAGCCAUAAGGCAGGGAUGGGAACCUGUCGCCCUUCAGAUAUUGAUGGACUCCAGUGCCCAUCAGCUCCAGCCAGUAUAGUCAAGGAUAAUGGGAGCUGUAGUCCAGGAACAUCAGGAGGGCCACAGGUUCCCCAUCCUUGCCCUAAAGGUUUCUUGGGGAAAUUUCAUGGCAGCUAACUGAAUUAAGAUAAGCCCUGUUCAUAGGUACAACAUAAAUACUCUUUGGGUUGGACAAUGAGUAAACACUGAAGCAGGGGUUGGAAUAUAAUUAUUACCAAAAAUUAGUCAUGGAAUAGGCUGUCUAAGGCAGUUGUAGAAUUCCCAUGACGGGUAGCUUUCACAAAAGUGGUGGAGACAGGCUGGGUGCCUGGGAUUUUCUGUUCUUCAUUCAGCUCUCUUCUUCAAAGGCAAAAGGCAAAUCUCUAGCAAAAUUUGAAAUCUCAGAAGCCCAAAGUGUGGUGGCUGAAAAGGAGUUCCAUUAUUUAGAUAGUGGAAUUCAGUGCCACCAUGGAUGGUGGAAGCGGACAAGAAAAAAUAUUUAAAUUUGCUAUAUUUGCAUAAUUUAUGCUUGGCUCUGAAUUCAGCUUUUCCUGUCUUAGAAUGUGAGUAUGCUGGGGUAGAACUUUGAUCACUUAGCACAGCAACCAAUGUAGCCCUGAUUAUAUGAUACGCUUUCUUAAGGCAAAGGAUUGGAGUGGGUGAUUCUCUGGGUUGUUGUCAACACCAGCUCUUGUUUUUAUGAAUCUACCCCAGCUCAUUAGCUCUUUGUCCAUUGUUUAAAAUAAUGUGCAGUCACCUGAGCUCUCCAGCUAGUACAAUGACAAAUCCCCUUCAAAUGUUUUGCAGAGGGCAGGGCCUGUGCCGUUGUGUUUGACUGCAAGUUCAUUGAGACCUCGGCGGCCGUCCAGCACAAUGUGAAGGAGCUAUUUGAAGGCAUUGUGCGUCAAGUGCGGCUCAGGAGAGACAGCAAAGAGAAGAACGAAAGGAGGCUGGCAUAUCAGAAGCGGAGGGAGAGCAUCCCCAAGAAAGCCAGGCGAUUCUGGGGCAAAAUCGUAGCCAAGAAGAACAAGAACAUGGCCUUCAAACUUAAGUCCAAGUCUUGCCACGAUCUCUCUGUCCUUUAG